UUUCUCUCUUUCAAAUGUACAUACAGGUUUUUGAUGCUACCAAUACCACAAAAGAGAGAAGAGACAUGGUCCUUGAUUUUGCAAAAGAAAACGACUUUAAGGUUUUUUUCAUCGAGUCUGUGUGUGAUGACCCUUCUGUAGUCGCUUCUAACAUUAUGGAAGUUAAACUCUCCAGCCCUGAUUAUCGAGAUUGCAGCUCAGCAGAAGCCAUGGAGGACUUCAUGAAGAGAAUUGAUUGCUAUCAAGUCAACUAUCAGCCUCUUGACCCAGAUAACCAUGAUAGGGAUUUGUCACUGAUCAAGGUACUUGAUGUUGGCCGACGAUUCCUGGUAAACAGAGUCCAAGAUUACAUCCAGAGCAGGAUAGUCUAUUACCUGAUGAACAUCCAUGUUCAGCCUCGGACCAUCUACUUAUGUCGCCAUGGGGAAAGCGAGUACAAUGUCCUAGGGAGGAUUGGUGGAGAUUCUGGCUUGUCCAUCCGGGGGAAGAAGUUCUCCAUUGCCCUGUGCAAGUUCCUUGAGGAGCAGAAUUUGAAGGACCUUAAGAUAUGGACCAGUCAGCUUAAAAGGACGAUCCAGACAGCAGAAGCCCUCAAGUUACCUUAUGAACAGUGGAAGGCCCUCAAUGAAAUCGAUGCUGGAGUCUGUGAAGAGAUGACCUAUGAAGAGAUCAAGGAGACUUAUCCUGAGGAGUAUGCUCUUCGUGAUCAGGACAAAUAUUAUUACCGCUACCCUACUGGAGAGUCUUAUCAAGACCUAGUUCAACGCUUGGAGCCAGUGAUCAUGGAGUUGGAGAGACAGGAGAAUGUAUUGGUGAUCUGCCACCAAGCUGUCAUGCGUUGCCUUUUGGCUUAUUUUCUAGAUAAGAGUGCAGAUGAAAUGCCGUAUUUGAAAUGUCCCCUCCACACUGUGUUGAAAUUGACACCUGUGGCGUAUGGUUGCCGUGUGGAAUCUAUUUAUUUGAAUGUCGAAGCAGUAAACACACACCGGGAAAGGUCAGAGGAAGCAAAGAAGGGACCUAACCCGCUCAUGAGACGCAAUAGUGUUACCCCACUAGCCAGCCCUGAGCCCACCAAAAAGCCUCGCAUCAACAGCUUUGAGGAGCACACGGCUUCUACUUCUACUUCCCUGCCCAGCUGCCUGCCCCGGGAGGUACCCACGCAACCUUUACUAGGGAAAGCCUGUUUAACCUGAACCUGAAUAACUCACAGAACCAAUUUUGACUCUUCCUGGAACUCUGUAACAAAAGAAACCAGUUGCAUUCCAUUGCCAUUUCUGAAGCUUGGCUUGUGCUCCUCCAUUUAACCUGAGGCCCAGAUAAUCCCAGCUGCUUCUUCCAUAAACUGACCAAACUGUUGGGGUGAGGGCGGGGUUUAUCAAAUGAAAAUUCAGUACUUUUGACUCUGAUCAUCCAACCACCUUGUGGUGACUUAAAGGCAGUGUAUAGCCCUCCUAGUGUAAAGAAUCCAUCGUUUUCCAUUUUACUUCUUAUUUUUUCUCAUUAUCCCAUUCUUCAUUUUCAGUGGAUGUCUAUUUGUGGCAACCUCUCUGGAAAGGCUUUAGAAGAAUGGGGAGGGGAAAAUUAGCUGAGAAGGGAAUGUCUUUGCUUCUUUUCUCCCUUUCUACCUUACCAGGAAAUGUUUCAGAAUGACAGGUUGGAAUUUCUUAAGGUUACAGGAAAAUUCAAGAUGGCUGGCCUCCUAAAGAAACCAUCUGCUUUUUUUGUCUUGGCUUCUGAAGACAGUACUUCAUUAGGAGUGGAACCAGCAAGUAAUGGUUUGGAGGUGGUGUACCCAAGCAAAAUAUGACUUUGGAGAAGUAGACGUCUCCUCUUUAGGAAUUCCUGAGUCAGAAAUCUGCUUUUUGACUAAAGCAAAGACAUUACUCUC